CCGAUGGAUGGACCCAGUAACUCAAUAAAGUUGUAGGUCACAUCAACGGUCGUAAACGAUUCAAAAAGAUUAACGGUCUGAUUAGCUAGAAAGUCAACUGCUUUGAGUCAAUCAGUAGCGAUUCGUCUUCAACCUCCGAAUUUCAGCUCAAGCCUCAGUAGAAUUAAAUUCUUGUUAUUACUGUGAGUUCUCAGUUGACUCUGAACUGUGCAUCGAUUUGAGAUAAUCGAAGAUGGCAUUAGACGAUGACACUGAUGUAUCACAGAAGAAGAACAAGGCUCCUUCUGAGGAUGAGAAAAGGAGAAAGAAAAUUGUGCCCGGGAGUUUGAUGAAAGCUGUGAUAAGGCCUGGUGGAGGUGAUUCAACACCGUCUGAGGGUGAUCAGGUUAUAUAUCAUUGCACAGUUCGAACUCUAGAUGGAGUAAUUGUUGAGUCGACAAGAUUGGAAAAUGGAGGCAAGGGUAUCCCUAGAAGACUUGUUUUGGGCAAAAGCAAGAUGAUACUGGGGUUGCUUGAAGGAAUUCCCACAAUGUUGAAGGGUGAAGUGUCAAUGUUUAAGAUGAAAUCUGAAAUGCACUAUGGUGAGGAUGAUUGCCCUAUGGCAGUUCCGGGUAGCUUCCCAAAGGAUGAAGAACUUCAUUUUGAGAUUGAGAUGAUAGAUUUUUCUAAAGCCAAGGUCGUUGCUGAUGAUUUGGGAGUCUUAAAGAAGGUGAUAAAUGAAGGGCAGGGAUGGGAGUCACCGAGGCAACCUUAUGAAGUAAAAGCUUGGAUUUCUGCAAAGACAGGCGAUGGGAAAUUGAUUUUCUCUCACACAGAAGGAGAACCAUAUUUCUUUACUUUUGGAAGAUCAGAGGUACCUAAAGGUCUUGAGAUGGGAAUAGGAACAAUGACGCGUGAAGAGAAGGCAGUAAUAUAUGUUACAAGUCAGUACUUAACUCAAUCUCCCCUCCUGCCUGUGGUAGAUGGUUAUGAGGAAAUUCAUUUUGAAGUGGAGCUUGUCCAUUUCAUUCAGGUACGAGACAUGCUUGGGGAUGGACGUCUAAUAAAACGCCGACUUCGUGAUGGAAAAGGUGAAUUUCCAAUGGAUUGCCCACUUCAUGACAGUCUACUUCGCGUCCAUUACAAGGGCAUGCUUCUUAAUGAAGAAAAGAGGGUCUUCUAUGACACCCGAGUUGAUAAUGAUGGUCAGCCUUUGGAGUUCAGUUCUGGGGAGGGGCGUGUGCCUGAGGGAUUUGAAAUGUGUGUUCGCUUGAUGCUGCCUGGAGAGUUAGCUCUGGUCACAUGCCCUCCUGAUUAUGCUUAUGACAAAUUUCCGAGGCCAGAGAAUGUUCCUGUAGGUGCUCAUAUUCAGUGGGAGAUUGAACUUCUUGGAUUUGAGAUGCCAAAGGACUGGACUGGUUUGACCUUUGAGAAUAUAAUGGAUGAAGCAGAGAAGAUUAGAGUCACGGGUAACAGGCUCUUUAAGGAAGGAAAGUUUGAACUUGCAAAGGCAAAGUAUGAGAAGGUGCUUCGGGAGUUUAAUCAUGUUAAUCCACAAGACGAUGAGGAAGGGAAGGUGUUUGUAAACACAAGAAAUUUAUUACACCUGAAUGUAGCUGCGUGCUUCCUUAAAAUGGGAGAAUGCAGAAAGUCCAUCGAGGCAUGCAAUAAGGUUUUAGAUGCGAACCCUGCUCAUGUGAAGGCUCUAUAUCGCCGUGGAAUGGCCUACAUGGCUGUUGGAGAUUUUGAGGAAGCUAGGAGUGAUUUUGAAAUGAUGAUGAAAGUUGACAAGUCAUCUGAACCGGAUGCGACUGCAGCUCUUUCAAAACUAAAGAAGACAAUGCAGGAACUCGAGAGCAAGGCUAAGAAACAAUUUAAAGGACUGUUUGACAAGAACCCAGGGGAAAUUGCCGAUGCUGGAACUGAGAAUGACGAUGAAGAUGAAGCUGCUGGAGAAAACGAGAAAGAUGUCAGUAAGGAGGAUUCGGAUGGAGACGAGACACGGGAAUUUCCUGAACCUGCUGCUGAAGCACCUCGAAUGGGUGGGUUCUACCGAUUCUGGCCAACCAGUGGGAGACUAUUUUCGGCUCUUGGACUUCAACGAUGUACCAUAUUGUGA